UCAGGCACCUGUUCACGAAGUCGAACCAUGGCCGCUAAGGCUCCAUUAUUUGACGCCUGUCAUCCGCAUGGAGCCAGACCUGCAGGAACCAUGCAUCAUCCCUGGCGUUGGCAGUCGCUUUGCAACGGCCACGCUCUGGAUGGCCCGAUUCGAGCACAGCCUAGGCUCGGUGUGCCUACUGCCGUCGACGUAACGGAGCGCCUGGGUGGGACGCCGCAGAUAGUCGCGUCUAGAAGGCAGCAGAUGUGCACCCACUGCGCAGGCUGUCAGUUCUUGGAGAGCAGCGGCAGAGAAAGGCCCCAGGCACAUUGGGAGCGCUUCCGUGAAAUUGGGCAAUCCGAGCUUUCUUCAGCGCCGUCUCUUGAACGCAUCCCAAGGGACAUGGAAGGCAUGCUGAACCAACCUGGCCACUAACAUCUGGGCUCUACAUAUGGAUGAUAGGAGACUGAAUACAUAUGUUUCAUAGCCUUGAACCUCGGGGCCUUCCAGGAAUUCGCGUAGCCACUGCCAUGGUUGCAAAUACCUGCGCAAUCUCUAGAAUUACGACCUUUGCCAAAAAUUAGAGGUCACGCCGCACUUUCACCACGUGUGUCGAUUUGCGAGGCUGCAUGAUGCGGUUUUCCUGGGACUCUUUGACCUCCAUAACUAAGAAUGGCAAGUUUGGUAAUUCUUUGCAUUUGCCUGGGCACCGGAACUUUUGCCAUAGCACGAAAACUCCGUCGACAACAUGUAGGUAACGUAAUCGGUACACUUUUAACAAAGACUACGAUGGACCUUCCAUGCUACACUUCACUACGAAGGCCCGUAACUUCAUUGCAGCUAUAUUUAUUGUUUUAUUGUGCGUUUAUAAAAAAUCAUGCCUGCCAGAUCUAUGCAACUGUCAAUAUGCGCAUGCAUCAUAGAGAGUGUAAGCUGUUAGGUGGCCCCUUCCUCAAGGUGCCGCAAUAUCGCCCAAUCUCCGCCGACAUCCGUGACUCUGCAUGGAGUUCCCAUUACACACCGCAUGUUGACCCUUUGUUCUUUAUGUUCAGGCUUCGGUGCCGCAGCCGUAAGGUGUAUAGGCUGUUGACUCUAUUGGAUCUCGUCAGCCCAUAAAGAAACCCACUUCCUAUAGCAUUAUCAAGGACAGAUGCUGUGAGGGGCCUUCGUUUACUUUCUCAAACCAAGACUGAAACCUUGAGGAACACCCCAUUUUCACGAACU